GGAGCUGGGAAGAGAGUCAAGAUGGCGGCGAAAUCCGAUGGCGGUGGCGUGGGGGUGGGCUUCGCCCAGCUGCACAACCUGGACGAGGCGGUGGGCAGCGGCGGCGAGGAGGACGGGGAGCCCGGGGGAGGCGGCUGCGGCGGCGGCGGCGGCGACAGCGAGCCCGGCGAGAGCAGCUCGCUGCACAUCUGCCACUGCUGCAACACCUCCUCGUGCUACUGGGGCUGCCGCUCCGCCUGCCUGCGCUCCCUCCUGGGCAAGAAGCCGCGCCGCAGCGCCGCCGCCGCCGCCGACGGGGGGGACCAGCCGCUGCAGCCGCCCGGGGCCGCCGGCCGCCACCCCCCGACGCCCUCGGCCGCGCGGCCGCCGCAGCCGCCGCAGGUGGAGCGGCCGUGGCUCGACUGCCUGUGGAUCGUGCUGGCGCUGCUGGUCUUCUUCGGGGACGUGGGCACCGACCUGUGGCUGGCCCUCGACUACUACCGCAAGGGGGACUACGGCUUCUUCGGGCUGACCCUCUUCUUCGUGCUGGUGCCGUCGCUGCUGGUGCAGAGCCUGAGCUUCCGCUGGUUCGUGCAGGACUACACGGGCGGCGGGCUGGGCGCCGUGGAGGGGCUCAGCAGCCGGGGGCCCCCCAUGAUGGGUGCCGGCUACGGGCACGGCGCGGCCCGCGGAGCCCCGGGCGCCGGGGGCUCGGCCACGCCGGGGGCGCAGCGCCUGUGUCGCCUCUCCGUGUGGAUCUGGCAGUCGGUCAUCCACCUGCUGCAGAUGGGGCAGGUGUGGAGGUAUAUCCGCACUAUGUACCUGGGGAUUCAGAGCCGGCGGCAGAAGGAACACCAGCGACGCUUCUACUGGGCUAUGAUGUACGAAUAUGCAGACGUCAACAUGCUGCGCCUCCUUGAAACAUUCCUGGAGAGCGCUCCCCAACUGGUGCUACAGCUCUGCAUAAUGAUCCAGAAGAACAGUGCCGAGACGCUGCCCUGUGUCUCCUCUGUGACUUCCCUGAUGUCCCUGGCUUGGGUGCUAGCCUCCUAUCACAAGCUGCUGCGGGACUCCAGGGACGACAAGAAGAGCAUGAGCUACCGAGGCGCCCUCAUCCACCUCUUCUGGCGCCUCUUCACCAUCUCAUCCCGAGUUAUCUCUUUUGCCCUCUUUGCUUCCAUCUUCCAGCUCUACUUCGGGAUCUUCGUGGUGGUCCACUGGUGCGCCAUGGCCUUCUGGAUCAUCCAUGGCGGAACAGACUUCUGCAUGUCCAAGUGGGAGGAGAUCCUCUUCAACAUGGUGGUAGGGAUUGUGUACAUUUUCUGCUGGUUUAACGUCAAGGAAGGGCGGACUCGAUAUCGAAUGUUUGCAUAUUAUACGAUAGUCUUGACGGAGAAUGCUGCCUUGACGUUCCUUUGGUAUUUUUACAGAAACCCGGAGACCACUGACUCCUAUGCGGUGCCAGCACUGUGUUGUGUCUUCAUUAGCUUUGUGGCUGGGAUUGUACUGAUGCUCUUAUAUUACGGUGUGCUACAUCCCAUGGGGCCGCGAGCUAAGAUCUUUGCCAGCUCCUGUUGUGCCGAGCUGCUCUGGGGCAUCCCUUUGCCCCCCGAUGUUGAGCCCAUGGCACCUCAGACCCCUGGGUACCGGGGGACCCAGGUCACGCCCACCAGAGCCGUAACGGAACAACAGGAAGAUGUCACGGCUGAUACUUGCUUGCCCGUGUUCCAAGUGAGACCCAUGGGGCCCUUGACCCCGUCGGGGCGUCCUUAUCAUCCUGAAGGGCCCCUCAUUAAGAUUGACAUGCCAAGAAAGCGAUACCCAGCAUGGGAUGCUCACUUUGUAGACAGGAGGUUGAGAAGGACUAUUAACAUCCUACAGUAUGUCACUCCCACUGCAGUAGGCAUUCGAUAUCGAGAUGGACCGCUCCUCUAUGAGUUGCUACAGUAUGAGUCUUCCCUCUGAAAGCAUCUUGACCCAAGUUGAGAAAGGGACCUUAAGUUUGGUUUGCGGUCAACACCGCUUGCAAGAAAUAUAACCCUCCCCCAGACCCCCCAGUACACAGAACCACCACCACCAACACCACCACCACCGCCGCCACUAAUGACAACAGACAACAACAAAAUUAAUAAGUCACCACCCCUUCAGAUAAGCUUUCUUUCCAGUCACUGUAUGUAUACAAAGAUACUCUCUAUGUUUUGUAAGUAAAAACUAAAAGAAAACCUUUCUUUUGUUUUCUACACAUAAGAAUCAGUAUUGAAAAAAAUCCCACACUCUGGUUCAUUGAGUGGAGAAGGAGGAGGUGUCUCCACUCCAAAAGAAAAACAGUUUUAUACCUUACACCAAGUGUAGAUCAUUUCUGGGAUUGGUGCUGAUUGAAAGAACAAAACAAAACAAAACAAAACAAACACAAACAAACAAACCUUCAACUGCCUUAUGCCCUUAGGUGCUGAGUUUCAUUAAGUACUGUCACGUUUUCUCAUGCAAAACUCCUGGUGACUUUCACACCAGGAGAGGGAAAAUUAAACAAUCAAAUGAGCUAAAUCUUAGAAACGCAAAACAACCAACCAAUACAACACGAAUCACUCAUUCUUCCUAUCUAAUUAUUUGUAUUGAAGACAACAAAUUUACCAAAAGCAAAGGCAUAAAAACCCCUCCUCUUUCAGUUUCUCUUACCCUGUCUCCUGCCCCUUCCUCUAGGCAGGAAAAGCCUUCUAGAAGCUGUAGGGCUGUUUGGAACUCAAAUGGCUGGAAAAGCCUCUUGAAGGCUGACUAUGUGCCAUUUUAGCAUUCACUUAGCGAGAAUCACAUUUGUUUUGCUAGUGAAAAGCAAAACCAGACCACACCAAAAGCUACCCCCAUAAUUGGGUAAGGAUAGGAAAUUCUUAAGCAAAUCAAAGAAGAUUUUCAUAUGUAAUCAAAAAGAUUCAGUAGUAAUAAAACUCAGCAUAGUAGCAAAAAGAAUGACAUCAAUUUAAAGGCACAAUACUGAAUAAUUAGUGACUGGCAACAGUGAUCUGUUUGAUCAUUUUAAGGCUGUGAAUGGGAUACAUUGAUCCAAUAUGAUAUUGUUUAGGGCCUCUGCUGUCUCCAUUUGGUGGGAAGCCUUAAAUUGAUCUGGAAAGAAUUCAUUUUUCAUUUGUGCUUUUUAAAACAACAACACAAAGAGGAAAACUAGAAUAUAUACAUAGAUCUAUAAAAAAUCAAAUUGUAAUAACUGACCCAUUUCAAAGACUGUUUGGUGCUUCUGUCUUUCACCAUUGUGGUUGGCUGAAAAAUCAUUCAGCUCACCUGGUGCAUCUGGGUUGAAUGGGGAAUUGUAUGUGUGUGUGUGUCUCUGUGUGUGUGUGUGUGUGGUGUGUGUGUUUGUGUUCAUGUGUGUGUCCAUAGCACACAUGUAUGUGUGUGUAUAUGCGUGUGUCUGCUGCAAGGUCUUGCCAGAAAUAUACAAAACCAAUCUGAGGCAGUUACUGGUUAUGGCUUGGAUGCAAUGCCAUGUGUGGGGCUGGGAGCUGGGGCUGGUGGGGGUGGAGUGGGAUGGAUGGGCUAGUGCCUGCCUGGAGUCCCUGUAGAGAGAGCAAGACAUACCAGCAGCCCAUUGUGGGUCUUAGAGUCUGUGUUGUCUAGCUGAGGAUUUGAUUCAACUGUUUAUUUUCUCAUUGUUCCAUGUUAAAUUUCUGGAGGUGUUGCAAGUAUCUUCAGUCUUUUAAAUUUUUUGAUUUUUCAAAAUAUUGCUCCUUUAAAGAAGAUUUUUAUCCAAGGGGCAUCAUUUCAAUUCCAUCGUAUAUCUACUUGGGCACAAAA